AUGAGCAGCCCAUAUUUAACUACGGCCCAUCAAAAUACCUUCUCCCUUGAAGACCAAGAGUAUCAAGACAACAAAAGAAACACCUCCUUAGAUGAAUCAAGAACGUGGGGAUUCACAACACAGAACAAACUCGAAGCCCUAAUACCCACCGCCUUGGAUGGACGUAGUAACCGCAUAAGCUGGCCUUUACACGCACCCUCCAAUGAGGAAAUAUUUCAAACUUCAUGCACCAACCAACGUACUUCGCCCUCCUCAACUUUCCACAAUCUCUCUUUCCCCUCAAGACCAGUCACAGCCUCUAACACAUACCACAACCAAUGGUCCUCUGAGAACAAGGCCUAUCGACCCCGACCGAAAUCCAGUAGCUCUGCACAAAACAACAACACCGAUGCUUCACGCCCAUGUCAACACAUGGGUCAAAAGCGACGGAGCCUGGAAACUCUCAACAGCCAAAGUGACGAAGACUCGAACGCAGCAUUCGAAAGAAUAUGUUCACUCUUGGAGCACCUUAUUACGGAUGCCGCAACAGCUGUGGAUAGAUCCACAUCAGCACAUGAGGGCUCACUGAAUGAGGAGAAUGGAGUAAAUACAAUGCCAGAAAUCAUACCCUUCACAUUUGCAGAAUCUGAGACUCUAAAUGAUACUGGAAAUGAUGAUGAGCCAGAAAAUACACCGUCUUAUGAUUAUCUAGACCCAGCUGCCAAUAUUGAUGACAAACGAUGGAGUCAAAGAGUGUUUCUUACCGGCGCUCGCACAUCUUUAAAUAGGAACUCGGGGAAACGGAGAAGCUUAUUUUUGGAGCUCCAAGAUUCCAUUUAUGCGAAUGAGCCCGAAACUCGUCGAGAUUUUAGAAAUAAUGAGGAUGAAUUGACUACAGAUGUUGCGCAAGAUGAAGUAACGACUCUGAAUGAUGGGACAUUCUUUUCAAAAAAGGCAAUGCAGAUGUCUGAUGCAAGUGAAACUCCAGCCUUACUGUCCGCCGAUAUGGCCGGGUCAAUGGUAGCUGUGACAGAUUUAAAAGAUCACCUGCAACAAACAUCUUCGAUCAGAAGGCUUGGACGGCGCUUAAGCUACCCUUUACUGAGAUCCGAGAUUGUUGAAAUGGAACGUAACAGAAAGAUGGCCCAGGUUUUUCAACAGAUGGACGUUGAGCUGGAUCGAACUGCUGAGACUAUCGAAUGUCUCACCAAGGACUUGGUUUCAAUAGCAUGUUAUCAGAACUGGAUGCACACGAAGCAGGAAAGAGCAGUGCGACAUCAAGUACUCCAAGAUGAUCAGGCCGAGGAGAUGGAUUCAGCAAUAUCUGCGGCAGUUGGAGGGCGGAAUCUGUUUCUGAGUGGAUAUAAAAAGCAAGAACCAGCAGAUUCGAUAGAUUCGACAGAUUGGCUGGACGAUGAUACUAUGCCAUGGGAUGAUGAAGAUUCUUUAAGUCAGUUCACUUCUAUAACGCAUGAUGGGAAGCCUCUGAGUGACGAAAGUACUAUCAGCGAGCGUUCAAGCACAGUGUCUAUUAGCGAUACCUUUGUUGACUCAGAGUCAGGAUUGGCAUCUCCACGUUGGAGUCGAAUCUUUGCAACAGCACUAAGCGAUACGUCAGAAUCGACGCAGAUGAUCGAGGCAGACACUGUUCAAAGGAGCAACGAUCCAAGUCUUGUCUAUGACAAUAUGAGCCUAAUAAAAGGCCAGAAGGAUCUUCAGGACUUUGAACCGUCUCAGUUAUCCUUAGCGCCAUGCACACACUACUUCUUGCAGGAUAAUUCUGAGGAUAUACAAAUAACAUCGACUCUCCACACGCCCACCGGGCUCUCAAGCCUGAGUAAGCGGAAGAUUCGUAGAUCAAUAAUGCCAGCAGCUUGGCCAGAAAUUGAGUCCUUUACUGAGGAUCUAACAGCAAUGUCCUCGAUUACGUCAGAAACGGAGGAUAUAUUAGACGGCGAAGGAGAUGACAGUUCAAGAAAUAAUAUGAUGAUAACCAACAGUAUCAUCAGCACUUAUAUUCAUUCAUCUCAACUUGUCUUCUGGACAGUAAUGUUUAUUUUAGGAGUCAUGAUUGGAAGCCCAUCGCUCACAGAAGCUUCCGGAGAACAGGCAAAACAAGCAAUAGAACGAGCCUUUGCUUGGACUACGCACCAUGAACGCAGGAGUUUAAAUCUUAGGAUAAUAGCUACCAGUGGCGAUGCUUUGUUUGGAAAAACUUAUUUUGUGACAUUAUCAGAAUCCCGACCAAACCAGAAGGCAAAUAACUCAACUACACCAUCAGCACGUCGUUUGCAUAAACUAAAUCGUCUUCGACGAAGGCGUAGGUGGACACUAGAGCCAGCUCGGACUGCCAGCUUAUUGUACAGUGGUUCUUCUACCAUCGAUAAGCCUCGAUGCUCUGGCUAUGAUGAAGAUACGUAG